AUGGCAGAAGAAACGAUUUGUGGAUAUCCAGUUUCGCUUCUUAAGCCAUGGGAAAGGAAGGGAAACAUCCCCAAGCUUUGCUUUUUCAUUACAAACAAAGAAAUUGUCGAUGAAAUAAAGAAGAAAUUUGCGUUAAUCAAUUAUUCGGAAGUAUAUGCUGUCAAAAAAGCAAGCUUUUAUCAUCAGUAUAUUAAAGACAGAAUCCCUUUUAUGAUUUCCUACAAAAAAGGUGACGUUAUAACUGUUGUUGCAGCUACAUUUGUUUAUGGAAAAAGAAUAUAUGACUAUAAAGGCGAAGUAUUUGUUAAAUUCCACAUUACCACAGAUCUUCCAUUCUUAGAAGUAUUAGAUAGACUUACAGGAUAUUCAAAUCAAAACCUUGAUCUAAAUCAGAUUCAAUUUGAAGAACCAUGCCCUCUAAAAAAUGAAGAAAGAUUAAGGAAUACAUUUUAUGAUUGCCCACCGUUGGCAUACUUGCGUCUUUUCGAAUUAAAGAUUCAUCCUGAUAAAGAUACUACUAUAUUUCUUAUUUGCACAAAAUUUAAUGUCGAGCAUUGCCGUCUUAGUACAUUAUGCCUCCAAUACAACUCAGAUGAUUCUAAUCCUGACUAUAUCAAGCUUGAUCUUUACGACCAGUACCGCGUUGAUUUGGAAAAAAAAGAAUAA